AUGAACAAUGAUAUUUUAAUUCUGAAAAGAAAAUCUUUCUUCUUUAAUGUUGUCACAUUAUCAUCUGAUCCUCAAAUUUCUUUUCCUGCUCCAUUCGUUUCUCUUUCUUCUUCCCUAUUUGUCCUCUCUAGCCUCUUCAGUUUUUCUCUUUCAGUUCUUCUCUUUUUUGCCUCACCUUUGUCUAGUCUUCUCCCUCGUCUCUUUUCCAUCCUUUCCCCCUCCUCUUCUUCCCCUCCUCUCCUUCCCCUUCUUCCCCUUAUCUCCUUUCCAUCCUACCCCCUCCUCUCUUUUCCAUCCUUUUCCUCUCCUCUCUUCAAUCCUUCCCCUUUUCUAUCCUUCCCCCUCCUCUCUUUUCCAUCCUUUUCCUCUCUUUUCCAUCCUUCCCCCUUCUCUCUUUUCCAUCCUUUUCCUCUCCUCUAUUCUUCCUCCUUCUCUCUUUUCCAUCCUUUUCCUCUCCUCAAUCCUUCCCUCCCUUCAAUUCUUCCCCCUUCACUCUUUUCCAUCCUUUUCCUCUCUUUUUCAUCCUACACCCUCCUCUCUUUUCCAUCCUUCCAUCUUUCCCUCUUUCUUUUCCAUUCUUCCAUCUUUCUUUCCUCUUUUUUCAGUUCUUCCUCCCCCCAAAGUCUUUUCCAUCCUUCCCUCUGUCUUUCUCUCCCUUCAUUCCUUUCCCUGUCUUCCUUCUUUUCCCUUUCUUUUUUUUCAAUUCUCUUUGAUCAUUCCCUAUUUCACAACAAUUUUUUUUCUUUUUCUAUUUUUAUCCUCCAACCAAUCCUCACCCCUCAAUUUCCAGAUCUCUUCCUCUCAACCAAGCUCUGA